AGUUGAACUUAUCCAAAAUGUUUAAGUGGGCUUCCUAUUUUUUGUGCAGCUUUGCUGUUCUGGCUUCCAAAGGUUCAUGGGCAACCUUGCAGGAUAAUAACCAAACCGUGUGUAUAUUAAAAGACGCUCCCAAUCAAUGUGGAAGUUUCUGCCUCAGUGCUCUAGACCCGAUGCAGACUAAUCUGGAUGCGAUCGAACGCAAACAAGGUGUUAUAACAAGUCAACUUUGGGCGUUAAUAUCCAGGCAGGAUGUCCAGCAGAAAUCCCUACCCAGCCUGGAUUACGAAUUGAGGAGGCACACAGAGAUGCAAGAAAAACAUAUUUCUCAUCUGCUGGCAGUACAAUCUGAAAUGCAGGCACUACAGAAAGAAAUGCUGCACAGUAUCCUGGAUGUUUACAAAAAGCUGAACGCCCAUCAAACCCUUGUUCAGGAAUCCCUUGACAAGAGCAUCACAAAAGAAGUCUUCGAGAAUCGACUGGAAGGUGUGGAUAAACAACUUUUGACGAUUGGGUCCACAAUGGCCAUUUUAAUGAGCAGAAGCGUGGACCAACCUCAUACGGUGCAAAAUCAAUCACUGCAAAGCCCACAAGCGAGUCUUCAAGAAUCCCUUUCGGAAAUUGGUUCGGAGCCACCCCAGUUCGAGCAAAUAGGUUCUCGCCACUUCUUCAUCGAACAUAAUCUUAGGCUGAAUUGGACAAUGGCUGCACAGAGGUGUCGACAGAUCGGAGGUCAUCUUGCUUCAUUCCAAAACAGACUGGAAUUUAAUGCCGUGACAGCAAAACUUCUAACAGGCGAUGUCUAUUACUGGAUCGGCAUGAAUGAUCUGGGCCAAGAGGGUCAGUUCGUUUCUGUGGCUUCCGGGAAUCCAGUAGCAUUCUUUGAUUGGGGCUACGGCGAACCGGACAACCUUGGAGGCAAUCACGACUGCGUUGAUAUCGCACAUGCAAAAAUGUGGGACUCUAAGUGUGCGGAUGAAGAACGUUUCAUUUGUCAAUCGGAUAAUGAAGUGUAAAGAGCUUAAUAUUAUAUAAAAGCAGUAAAUAAAUUGAUGUAAAGAUAUUAGCUCAAGAACUC